UUCAAAUCGGAUUUCAACGCCCCAACUUUUUGACGAGAAGGUCCGUAAUGAAUCGGAUUUCAACGGCGACCGCCCUUCUCCGUCUGGGCCGCCGUCUCUUCUCCCCCUCCCCCUCCGCCUCCUGGGCCAAAAUCUUGUUUUGCUCGUCCUACUUAACGCGGUUGAACUGCAGUCCUACCGGAAUCAUUACUCAUCAAUUUUCGCAUUCAAUGCCUACCUCGGCGGCCGGUCCACCUUCGCCGACUCCAUUUGAGCCCAAACAGGAGAAACCGAAGCCAAAGCCCCAGCCUUGGCUCAUUGUCGGCCUCGGAAAUCCCGGCAAACGGUUCAACGGCACUCGCCACAAUGUUGGUUUUGAGAUGGUGGAUACAAUAGCUGAAGCCGAAGGGAUAUCAAUGAGCAGUGUUUCCUUCAAAGCCCUCUUUGGAAAAGGUUUUAUUGGAGAGGUUCCGGUCAUACUUGCUAAACCCCAGACUUUUAUGAAUUUGAGCGGUGAGUCUGUUGGAGCAAUUGUUUCAUAUUACAAGAUUCCACUGAAGCAAGUUCUUGUGAUUUUUGAUGACAUGGAUUUGCCUUAUGCAAAGUUGCGGUUAUUGCCUAAAGGUGGACAUGGAGGACACAAUGGGAUGAGGAGUGUUAUCGAUCGCCUCAAAGGUAGCCGUGAUUUUCCUCGUUUAAGAAUAGGAAUUGGAAGGCCCCCAGGGAGAAUGGAUCCUGCAAGUUAUGUUCUCCGGCCAUUUAAUAGAGAAGAACGUGCAGAGCUUGAUUUUACAUUACAAAAUGGCUUGGAGGCAGUGAGAAUUCUAGUGCUCGAGGAUUUUAACAAAAGUGCAACAUUUGUUAACAGUGCGAAACCUUUGGAACAAUUUAGUUAAGUUUGUUAAUUUUACAGUAUUCAUUUGGGCAGAAAGCAAUGAAGGGUCAUGGAGGAAGGUUAUAUUUGUGGUUGGUAGAAACACAUCUGCUACUAUACACACUAUAUUGAUUGAACAAUAGGCUAGAAAAAGGUCUUGUCUUUCAUUUUUGGAGAGACAUUUUCAGAUUAUUUAUUUUAUCACUAGUAUUAUUCUCAAUAUGUUUUACCAACCGAUAUUCAAUUCUUUUUCAACGGUAAUGCAUUGCUAUAAUCUUCAUUGA